AUGAUCGUGCGUACGCACACAGCUCUAAAGAAGCCCACGAAGUCAUUGGCAGAGUGGAAAGAGAUCAUCACCCUUUCUCAGGUAUGGUUUGGUAGGGAGUUUGCUUUGAUGGCACAACAAAGCUCCAUUUUUGUGAAAAAGGAGUCAAAACAGCCAUUAAAAAUUUAUCAGGAUGAUAUUUUGGAACCUGUUGUCAAUCCUCUAAAUGAUAGUCUGUUUGCUGGAAGUCAUCGGGUUUUGCAGCAGGAUUCCGCUCCAGCUCACAAGGCCAGGUCAACUCAGCAGUGUCUGCAAAAGAAGAUGCCAGAGUUCAUCUCUACCUCAGAUUGGCCCUCAGGAAGCCCUGA